UUCGUGCGGUUUUCGUUCGUUAAUACAUAGGUGGCAGCACCGUACGGAUACGCUGCACCGCGAAUUCACGCUUUAUGACACGUAUUUUACCUGAAUAACUGCGUAAUUCGUAUUUUAGACGAGAUAUUUUGAGGAACGGAUUGUAAGUGUUGAAUACAAAACUGGCAUGAAAAUGAAGAUUCCAACCGGUGGUUCAGGGAACGGCUAUUAUGGCCAUGAUAGUGGGGUUAUCUCAUACCUUGAUACUGUCGAGACCGAGGCCGAUGUCCAGGCUGCAGGAGAUGGAGACUUUUCCGAAUAUAUGUGGAUGGAGAACGAAGAAGAAUUUGACAAACAGGUACUACAGCAGCUCGAAGAGGAAGAGUUGAUGGAAGAAUGCCUGGAAGCUAUGUUGGAGGAGGAAAGGCAGCAUCAGAGAAAUCAAAACUCUGCUGCUUGGUCUACUGCCACAAGUACAGUGGAAAAUAAUGGUAUUGAUCUCUGCCAGCAGCUAGGUGGCCUUCGAGUACAUGAUGACCUUGCAAAGCAGAGUACUCUGAAUCCGGAUGCAGCUGAAUUUGUCCCAGCUUACAAACCAGCAAUAACAUUGGUAAGCGGGCAAUCAGAGGUUACUACCGAAUCUUCAUAGAGACCCUCCAUAAUCUUGUUUACAGCAGACAUAAGCCUAGAGGAGGUCAAGGAGAUGCCCGGAGUCAGCCUGCCACAGUCUGUAAUUUUAGCAGGAAUAUGUUGGGAUUUGUGCAUGAUAGCAACUACUGUUACGUACAAAUAAACAAAUGAAUAGAUAAUGCAUGUGAUACGAAGGGAUAUGCUUUCUGUAAAACGCGAAAUUAACAACAACAGUUCAUGUAAUGUUAAGAGAACAGCGUGAUGUGUUUGUUUUUGAUACAGAAAAGGACACAUUACAAAAGCCUAUACAUAUAUCUCUGAAAAAACAGUCUACGGUUUACUUUUUUGGGAUUAUCGUCCAUUUCACUAUAGGUUACUGGGGUUACUAUAGUGUUUAAGAUGCGUUUUUUAAACAGAUAAAAAACAAUGACAUUUUUUAAUCCAUGUACCAUUGUUUCUUUUUUUUUUUUUUAUAUCAAUAUUUUGAUUACCUUUCACAUUUCGAUCCUUCAAGUGGCUGAUUCAAACUGCGUUAUUGAUAUUAAUUCACACAAACACAUUCAGCAGAUCUGUGAUAACAGAUACACGUGAUUGUUUUAGUGAAAAUAGUAAAUCAUAAUUAAAUUCGACAAAAAGCCAAAUGCCCACGAUGAUUGUACUUUUGUAAAUAGUAUUCCAGUUUGGUUUAAAAUCAUUUGCAAA